CCAUCCAUACACAACGCCGACACGAAAAACUCUAAAGUGUAAAUUCCGUCAGAUUAACGGAAUGAACGGCGACAGAAGCAUCACUUAGUCAUAGACCUCCUAAACGUGUGGUAAAAAAUACACUUGCAGUAGGAAUUUCACAAUUCCGAACCUUUCCGUGAACCCAACUGUUGAGCAUACUCCGAGGAAGUUCGCGGAUAAUCAAUACGAAUCACGUUGUACGUUGGCAGCGUGGAUGUGUUUGGAAUAGCGCUAAUUCAAUUUAAAGAGCACCUCAACGAAUCGACAUAGUUUAGCUCAUGUCCUAUAAUCUACAAACUCCACUAUAUAAUCUGUGGUUUACCCGUGCGUCGUGCGUAUGCAAUAGUGUAAGAGACGAACAAGGAACUUCCCCAAUCAAGUGUUUCGCCAAUUAACAUGAUGCGAGUUUAAUUUUUCCGAAGUGGACACUAACGAAUUCAAGAGCAAGAGUGAAUCAUGAAGUUGCUGCUGAAAAUCCACAACAAAGACCGGCAUCAUCUGAAUACACAACGCAAACGUAAAACAUCCCGUCGAGUAUCCAAAUCCUCCCCAUCUGCAUCCUCAACCAGCUCGGCCAAUCCAUUAUCAUCGACUGCUAACGAUUCACAUUUUGCAGUACCAACAGCAGCUAGUUACGUGGCGAGAUCUGGGCGUAACAACCAAAAUCGUGGCCUUCCCUCAACAGAACAAUCAACCGUCCUACGGCAAGAGCGGUAUUUUCUCUACGGUGUAUUAAUCCUAUUUACGAUCAUUGCCUUCUCCACGGCAUUGUAUUUUAUAAUAAAUUCGAAAGAAAGCGAUUCCAGCCCAAGGCAACCGGACAUACUUUUCGGGAACAACUAUGUAUCAGGAACUCUACCCAACCUUGGCAACGGCCAUCUGAUCAUUGAUCGUCGUAACUGGGGCGCUCAGGAGGCGGUCCGUGGUCGAUACCCUCUGAAAUCACCAAUCCCAUACGUUUUAAUCACCCAUAUUGGGGUUCAAUCAUCCCCAUGCAUGGAUAUGCACAGAUGCACAAUUUUGAUGCGAACAAUCCAGGAUGCAGCCGUCGCGGAAAUGGGACUGCCCGACAUUUCGAACAACUUUUAUCUCGGAGGUGACGGUUUCAUAUACGUGGGCCGAGGAUGGGAAAUAGCCAAUGCUUACGCUAAUCAAACGUUAGCCAUUAAUUUCAUGGGAGAUUUUGUCCGCCAUCAGCCGAAUGAAAAACAAUUUUCCGCUCUCGAACACUUACUUGCCCAUGGGGUCGUUGAGAAUUACCUCGCAAAGGACUACAAAAUUGUUGCUCAUAAUCAGACCAAAAAGACUAGAAGCCCAGGCCCUUACAUCUAUGAACGAAUAAGCAAAAUGCCACGUUGGAGUACAUGUGGGACACCGGGCUAUAGGGUGUGUGGAUCGGAACUUGGACUGCCACCGGUGUGGGAUCAGGAUUUCCCGAAGAAGCAAAAGUAGAUCUAUCCUGUUCCUGUGCAACUAUCACAUCCGAACCUAAAACAAACUGGUGAUUCUAUCUAGUAUUUACGCACUGGUAACUAUGAAAAUAGUCUUUUGAGCCAUUACCUCAGAACCAUGAAUAAAUAUCUCACUUGACAAUGGUUAUCAUAAAACUGUUAUAUUUAAUCUUAAGUAUUGCUCUUAUGUUAAAAAAAAAGUAAAAUAACUAUCUUUAUUGGAUAGAGAAGACGGUGAGAAAUUUCAAUAUUAUAUAGUAUUGUCAUUAAUAGGGGAACGCAACAUAUUGUAUGCAAAUCAAUGUAUUAUUUUUAUUGGUAUGGAUUUUGUAAAAUAUUAAACUUGUAAAUAAAGAUGCGCAAUCUCAUUA